CAACAACAAACAAAACAAAACACUGCCACCUCGCAACAAUACAACUAUAACAACGAUAGCAACAACAACAACAACUACUUCCACUACAGAAGAGUCGCCAAAUUCAUCCCCUACUCCUUUGUAGCUAGUAAAAAUUGCUUAGGAAUUAGAAGAAGCAACUAAAAAUAGAUAACAAAAGAAAAGUAUAAAGAAAGAACAACAUCAGCAAGAAAUCCCGUUAUGGAACGCAUGUGGCGCAAAGUGAAUCACAGCCUGCGCAACAGCAAAUCACAAACGCCGUCGCAGGCAGCACAGUCGGCCAACGCGGCUGCUGGCGCCGCUACCGGCGCUGCCGGCGCAGCUGCCGGCAUUAUAACGCCACAUUCGAGUGACACCAUCAGCUCUGCGGGCGGCUUUGGUGAUGCGCAGCUCGUGGUCGCUGUUCAAGGUCUGCCCGGCGUUGGCGUCGGCGUGGGCAGCGCUGCCGGCGGCAGCAAUGCGACCGGACGCCGUUUGGCCAGCAGCGGCCAGCCGCCAUCGAACUGUCACAAAUCGCUUAGCCAGCACGUUUUGCAAACGCGCACCGCCUCAUCGGAGCGCCGGCGUCGACGUCGACGCAAGAGCCGACCGCGACGCAGCGGCGGCAUGGCCAGUGUUACCAGCUGCGUGGGCGAUGCUGGCGGUGAUAACAUGUCUUCCUCGGGCGGCUUCUACACGCUGAAGGAGCACCCGCACCAGCAUCAGCAUCAACACUAUCGCCAUGGCCACGGACUUGGCACAGUCUCCACAUCGCAGCGCCUGUUCGCCAGCUCAGCGCCCAGUGGCACCGUCAUGAUGUAUCCAAAUGCACAGCGUGCGCCGGUGCUGGCCAAUGCCGCGGCAGCUGGCGGUGCAGCAGCAGCAGCAGGAGGAGGAGCAGGAGCUGGCGGAGGAGCAGGAGCAGGAGCACACACAGCUGCUGCUGCAACGCCGCCGGACAUCUCGCUGAGGCAGCGGGCGGUCGCUAAGCUGCGCAUGUUCAACUUUCACCUUAACUGGGAUCUGCACAUGACGCACUGCAAGCCCUGCGGGCCUCGCUUGAGUGGAAGUGGAAAUAUAAUAACACGACGGCUGUGCCGCAAUCGUCGACGUGAGGACAAUGAGCUCUAUCGCUCGAACAGCUUCAAGUUUGAGCGCUUCGAGCGCAAGGAGUGCCUCGAGGAGCUCUCCAACACGUUGCAGAAGCAGAUUGCCAUCUGUGAUGAUUACAGCCUGCCUGUAGACUUUGUUAAGAAACGACCGUCCAGUUUCGAUCCCUGCCUGGCCGAGGCAAUACCAACGAAUCCGGAGCAUUGGAUAGCGCCGAGUCCACAAACUGAAUUUCUGCCAUUUAACGAAGCCCAACAAGCGUCGCAACAGCAACAGCAGCAACAGCAACAGCAACAGCAGCAAUUGCAUGCGCACAACAACAAUACAUUGCCAGCAGCACCGCAGCAACAGCAACGCGGCACUCUGCAACAUCCGCCGCUGCCCAACAGCAACAUCAAGCAAGCCUCUGUCAAACUGAUCGAGGGCUACUCCGAUCCGAAGGACACGCGCCACCACGGCCAGCACAAGAAGGUCUAUCACAAGAAGGCCAAGCGUCGCUCGGCGCCGUUGCACAAGCAGCGCCAGCAUCAGCAGCAGCAGCAGCUGCAAACGUUGCCAACACCGCGCGGACAUCAGCAGCAGUUGCAGCAGCAGCAGCAGCAGCAACAACAGCAGCAGUUGCUGCAUCGCCAUUCCACGUACAACAACAACAACGGCAAUCACAAGAAGGACAAACGCAACAGCCACUACAAUUCAGAUUCCUCGGCACCCAAGUCCUCUGACGAGGAGGCGGACAUAGACGAGGAGGUAGAGCGUGCCGCACCGCCAACAGCAGCAGCAGCUGGAACCGGAACCGGAGCUGGAGCUGGAGCCGCAGCUGGAGAUUUGCUCAAUUCACCGGACAGCAUAUCGGAUGAUCUAGUCCGUCCGUUGCCCGCUCAACUGCAGCGCAGUCCACGCAAAUUGACGGUCGCCCAGGCGGAGCACAGCAAGCGACAGCCGUCGCCGUACUACUACUCGGACUUGCUCAAGACUCGCGACAAGGAGGAGGAGGGAAGGAAGCCGACGCUCGAGCGCGACCGCGAGGCGAAGCAAAAGUGCCGCCAGUCCACGGCCAGCGAGCCGCCGCAGCAGACCCUCACGCAGCCCCAUCGACUGGGCGGCUAUCGCAAGAGCAGCAGCCUCGAUGCCCCACAGUCUCAGCAGCAACAGCAACAGCAACAGCAACAACAGCAGCAGCAGCAGCAGGAGGAGCAACUGCAGCAGAAGGGAGACGACGCAGAACUAGACAACGAUCCAGUCGAGCUCGAGGAGGCGACCUGCCUGACCGAGCAGUCGACGCCGAAGCGCUACAGCUUCACGGAGGAGGGCGUACGCAUCAUACGCUGUGAGACGCCCAGCACCAGCACCUCGGAGGAGUCCGACUGCAGCGAGUGCCUGAAGCGACGCGAGUGGCACGCGCGCGCCUUGGCGCUGGUGCGCAAGACGUGCAACGUCCAGCCGCGGCAACAGUUGCCCAUUGGCAGCGGCGAGUUGCAGUUGCAGCUGCAACAUUGCGACGCCGGCGAGGGGGAGCUGCUCAAGUGCUGUCCACCAGCAACUGGAGGGGGUGGAGUAGUGGGCGUGGGAGUGGGAGAUUUAGCGUGCGAGUCGAUGCCGCCGCACCGCCUGCUGGGCCCAGCAGCCGUGUGCGGAGCCUGCAUACCGACGCCCAACAAGACGAUUGGACUGGGCCACGGCGAUGAGGACCAGCUGGAUGAGCUGGAGGAGUACUUUAGGCCACGCAGCAUAUUCUACGUGCAUCCGCAUGGCGUGCACGAAUGCGUCGAAUGUGCGCCGCCAAUUAAGCUAGAGGAGCAGCAGCAGCAGCAGCAGCAGCAGCAAGCAGCAGGUGCUAAACAGCAGGAGGAGGAGCAGCAGCAGCAGCAGCAGGAGGAAGAGGAGCAGGAGCAGGAGGAGGAAGGUGAGGAAUACGAUUCCGACAACAUGGCCAGUCGACGCCGUCAAAUCUAUGAGACGGCCUUCGAUUGCAAGAUAGCCAAGUCAGACGAUGAUCUCGAUGAGGUGGAUCGCAUCACCAAUCACUCGGUCUUGCUACAGCUCAACAGCAGCACCAACAGCAAUGGCAACGAGCUAUCCGUGCCGUCCAAGUCGCUAAGCAAAAGCCGUCUCGAAUGCAAACGCGCCAAGAAUAGCAAAAAUCAGGCGCUGCAGCAGCAGCAGCCACAACAGCAGCAGCAACAACAGCAGCAGCAGCAGCAGCAGCAACAGCAGCAACAACAGCAGCAGGAGUCGCCUGAUGGACAGUGUCAGGUGGUGCUGCAGGUGCAGGCAGAGCUCAGCCAGCUGCAGCUAAGCCAAACAGCAGAUCAGCAGAAUCAGAAUCAGCAACAGCAACAACAGCAGCAACAUCAGCAACAGCAGCAACAACAGCAGCAGCAGCAGCUGCCCACGCGUGGCUACACGCCCUCGCCGCCGUCGACGGCGCCGCUGCCCAUCAAGUUUCCGGGCAAGCACGAGCGCUACAUGAAUAGCAUAAAGAGCGCACCGAAUCUGCCAGCGACGCAGCCGGCGCAUCCGCGACUGCGCGACUUGCGGUUGCCCUUGCAGGCAUCGCUGCGCCAGCACCAGCAGCACCAGCAGCAGCAGCAGCAGCAGUUGCAGCUGUGCGCGAGCAGCAACGACAACAGUCUCACCGACAGCGCCUACGUGAAUCCGCCCUCAACAAACUCGAACUCGAACUCGGCUGUUGCCUCCACCUCGGCUUCGUCGCGUCGGCCGCGCAGCUUUGUGCUGGAGUCGGGCCGCGUGCUGGAGCUGCGCCGCAGCGCCCAUCACCAUCAUCAUCAGCAGCAGCAGCAGCAGCAGCAGCAGCAGCACGCGCAGCAGCAACAUGGCAAGCAGCAGCAGCACUUGCCCAAGCCCAGGCACAACUACAGCUCCACCGAGAGCAUCGCCACCUCCUCGAGCGGCGGCAGCAUGGAGUCGCUGCGCAGCAGCACCAGCGAGGGCAACCGCAGCACCUCCAGCUCCGAGUCGCGGCACUCCAGCUCGCUCAGCUCGCACAGCUCCGAGAGCAGCAACAGCAAUAGCAACAGCGCCAGCGCCAGUGCCAGUGCCAGCGCCAGCGCCAGCGCCAGCUCGAGUGUCGCCUAUCCGCUGCGCGCUCCGGUGCUGCUGCACUCGAAGCUGCACAUACUCAGCCCCAUAUCGGACAAGUCCUCGCAGGAGCCGGCCUCCGAGCAGUCGCAGCAGCCGGCGACGGCAGCUGCUGGCGCAGCCAGCCUGCAGCAGGAGGAGGCCUCGGCCGAGGCUGCGGCCGCUGCAGCUGCUGCUGCUGGCAGCUCGUCCGUGCCUGUCCAGCUGCUGGUGAAGCAGCAGCGCAGUGGCAGCCAGCGUGCAGCGGCGGCGGCUGCGGCACCCAACAAGGCGCUGCUGCACCUGGCCGACGAGCUGCUCGGCUCGGACAGCGGCAUCUCCUUGCACUCGCGCGAGGAUGGCAAACCAACGACUCUGGCGCUGCAGCGCCUGACGCUGCCCAAGCUGCAGCUGGGCAAUGGCAGCGCCGCAGAUACGUCCUCGUCGGCGGCAGCGGGCAUCUCCUCGGCAGCCACAGCGGCUGGCGGCGGUGGCGGUGCAGCUGGUUCCUCGGCGCUGCCGCAGGAGCUGCGCGACUUGCCCUUCGACAUGCCCAAGCUGCGGCGCCGCAAGACGCUGCAGCAGGAGGCCGCCUGCACCUCGGGCAGUGCCACCUCCGUUGACCUGGGCGAUCUGCCCUUCGACAUGCCCAAGCUGCGCAGGCGACUGCGCGCCAAUCAGGCGGAGAUCAAUAAUCUGCUGAUGCACAGCACCGAAUCCAGCGGUAUCUCGCAGGCAUCCUCCAGCCACUCGAUGCGCGACGAGCAGAAGCUGGCCAGCAAGCUGGACACAGCGCUGUUUCGUCAGAAUCUGACGUUGAAUCUGAAUGAGCCGCGCCAGGUGAACAAACAGUUUGGCAGUCUUGAUCUGCGUGGAUUGAGCAGUCACAAGGAGCUGAACAUGAAUCUGGGCCAGGGCUACGUAACGGCUGUCGAUCUAAUAGAUGUGACCAUACCACUAGAGCGUCAAGGCUGGUACCAUGGCGCUAUCACACGUAUUGAGGCAGAGACAACGUUGCGUCCCUUGGCCGAGGGCUCGUUUCUGGUGCGCAAUUGCGAGUCCACCAAGCAGGACUAUUCCCUGUCGCUCAAAGGCGCCAAGGGCUUCAUGCACAUGCGAAUACAGCGCAACGAGGCGGGGCAAUACAUCUUGGGCCAGUUCAGUCGACCCUUCGAAACGGUGCCCGAUAUGAUACGACAUUUCUGUCUGAAUCGCUUGCCCGUCCGUGGAGCAGAGCACAUGUGUCUGAUUGAGCCGGUUAUAGCGCAGCUGCUGUAAACUAACAGAGCUGUUAACGCCAAAAUGUUAACUUGAGAGAUGUCAAAGCCGCGUACGGGCAGAGAAAGCAACAUACAUAUUGAUAUAUAGCACAUAGAGACAGCUCUAUAAUAUACUCUUUAUACAUACAUAUAGCGUAUAUAUCGAU